AUGGCUGGGGUACACCACAGGAUCAUCAGGGAAACCCAGCAUUUGGUGAUGGAACCAGUCCUUGGCAUCAAAGCAGAACCAGAUGGGAGAAAUGCCUAUUAUUUUCAUGUGGUCUUGGCUAGCUCUCAGGAUUCCCCCUUUGAGGAGGGGACUUUUAAACUCAAACUAUUCCUUCCACAAGAAUACUCAAUGACAGCUCCUAAAGUAUGUUUCAUGACCAAAAUUUAUCAUCCUAAUAUAGACAAAUUGGGAAUAAUAUGUUUAGGUAUUUUGAAAGAUAAAUGGUCUCCUGCACUGCAGAUCCACAUAAUUCUGCUAUUGAUCCAGACUUUGUUAAAUGUUCCCAAUCCAAAUGAUCCAUUAGUUAGUGAAGUAAUGGAGUAA